UUCUCGCGGAAGCCGCCGGGUGCUGCUCCUGCCUAGGCCGCCGCGCUCCCGCUGGGCUCCGCAGCUUCCGGCAGGUGAGCGCCCUGCCUGCCGCACCUGAUGCUUCGGACUAGGCCGCUGGAGCUCGGCAUCUCCAUGGCGGGCUACCCUGCGCAGAGAGAAGGAGGCGGCAGCCGGGGAUCUUUGGAAGACACAGUCUUUAUUCAUGUUCUGAGACUGUUGUUAGAUGGAACCAUGGAUCCUGCAGCGUUAAUGGAAGCCAUUGUGGAAGAAAUGAACUGUCCUAUCUGUAUGACCUUCCUCAGGGAGCCUGUGAGCAUCAACUGUGGCCACACUUUCUGCCACAGCUGUCUCUCUGGACUCUGGAAGCUCUCAGGAGAAUCCCAAGACUUGGGCUACACCUGUCCACUUUGUCGAGCUCCUGCACAGCCAAGGAAACUACGUCCCAAUUGGCAGCUGGCCAGUGUUGUAGAUAAGGUCCGUCUGCUAGGCUUCUGUAUGGAAAUGGGACUACAGACUGAUGUGUGUAAUCUCCACAAGGAACAGCUGACGGUGUUCUGCAAAGAGGAUGAUGUGGUAACCUGCAAGGCCUGUCACCAGUCCCCAGAACACGAAGCCCACACUGUUGUGCCCAUAAAGGAUGUUGCCUGGGAAUAUAAGUGGAAACUCCAAGAAGCUCUGGAACUUCUGAGGAAAGAACAGGAAGAAGCCUGGAAGCUGGAAGUCAGCGAGAAGGAGCGAGCUGCCAACUGGAAGACACAGAUGGAAGCACGGAAGCAGAACAUCCUAGGGGAGUUUGAAAAAUAUCGGCAAUUAUUGAAGGAAAAGGAGCUGCCGUGUCAGCAGGUGGAAGAGGAGGCGGCUGCAGCUCAGGCUAGCCUAGAGCAGGAGCAGAGAGAGACAGCCAACAAACUGGAGUUGAGGCACGGCAAGAUCAUCCAGCAGAGCCAGGCCCUGUGCAGGAUGAUUGUGGAGCUGGAAGAGAGAUCCCAGAGACCUGUGCGCUGGAUGCUGCAGGGUGUUCAGGAAGCCUUAAAUAGGAACAAAUCUUGGAGCCUGGAGCAGCCAGAACCAAUCUCCUUGGAGCUGAAGACAGACUGUCGUGUGCUGGGACUAAGAGAGAUCUUGAAGACAUAUGCAGUCGAUGUGCGCCUCGAUCCAGACACAGCUUACUCCCGCCUUGUCGUGUCCAAGGACAGAAAAAGUGUGCACUAUGGAGACACCGAGCAGAACCUGCCUGACAAUCCUGAGAGAUUUUACCGCUAUAACAUUGUCUUGGGCAGCCAGUGCAUCUCCUCGGGCCGGCACUAUUGGGAGGUAGAGGUUGGAGAUAGGUCUGAGUGGGGCCUGGGAGUGUGUAUGGAAAAUGUAGACCGGAAGGAGGUGGUCUACCUGUCCCCUGACUAUGGCUUCUGGGUGAUAAGGCUGAGGAAGGGAACAGAGUACCGGGCAGGCACCAAUGAGUACCCCCUCUUGCCCUUGUCAGUCCCUCCGCACCGGGUAGGAAUCUUCCUGGAUUAUGAGGCCCAUGAGAUCUCCUUCUACAAUGUGACUGAUGGCGGCUCUCACAUUUUUACUUUCCCCCAUUGUCCCUUCCCCGGCCGCCUCCUGCCCUAUUUUAGUCCGUGCUACAGUAUUACCACCAACACCACCCCCCUCACCAUUUGUUCCCUGGUUAGGGAAGACUAGGAGAGCCACCAUCCUAGCCUAAUGUUGGAAUUUGGCCUGGGACACAGGGCUACUGGAGGAUGCUUCCAUUGAUAAGCAUACCCCUGAAACCAGCUUAGAACCUAAGGGCCCCUCUGCCUGACCUCAUGGUAUCUUGCUGUUAGACCAAACUGUCGGUACCUCUCACAGAAAAGCGGUCCCGGUCAGAUAAGCGUCGUGACCCAUGAUGGAAACAUGACAAGGAUGGUGGACUUUGUCCAUUCUGGAGAUCACAACCCUCCUCACUUUCUCCCUAACUGUGUGCCAAUGAUGAAAUGAUUGCAGACUCCAGAGAAGAGUUUAAAUGAGGUUUUCUAAUGAGACAAAGUAAUAAUGUGCAUGUCCAGAGCUGCUAGUCCUGGUGAAAGGGUGUUUCACAUGAGGCUUGCUGCUACCAAACCAACCCUAAGCCCCAAACUAGAGAAGCACACAGUAUCCCCACUUUAGCACCUCCCUGAACUUGAGGGCAGGCAGAUCUGUGUCCUGGGCCUGUCUUUUCUCUAAGGGUCAGGAUCAGAAAAGUUGGGGGCCUCGGUGUUUAGUUUUACUUUGGAUGAGGAAACUGAAACAGCCUUAAAUUGUUUCCUACAGAGAUUUGAGAGGUGAGAUUUUAAAGGUUGUAAAUGAUUUUCAUAUUCAAAUGAAACAAAGUCAACAAACACCUCACA